AUGGCGCCGUCUCUCGCCAGGCCGUCCCUCAACGGCGUUCAGUCCAUUCUUUCUUCCUCGACCACAACAUGCGCUGCUGCUACCAGUCUAGUAACACGCGCCGUCGCUGCCCGAUCAUUCAGCACCACCCGUUCGGCUAGAGACUCGGCCCCCCCGCCCCCCGAUUCACCCAACUACAUCAAGGUCCCCGAGCCACCCCAGUCGUCCGAGGGUGUCCCGGAGAAGGUCCAACCCGGAUAUGUCGACCGCAUCAUGCCCAAGUCCGCCGCCGUCCUGGCCGAAGAGAAGACCAAGUCGGUGAAGGACUUUUUGCGCCGCUCGAUGGCCGAGGCCCGGCGCAAGUCGCUCGCGGAAGGCCUGCAAGGGCUCUGGCAGCGCAAGGUGAAGCGCGAUCAGAAGCAAGCGAAGGAGGCCAAGGCGCGGUUUAUGGCGAACAAGCGGGCGGCCCAGGCGCCGGAGCGUCUGGAUGAGGUGUUCACGCGCGCGACGAUCCGCGAGAGCACGGCCAAGGACACGUUUGUGCCCGUGGAUCCGGAGGCGUUCGCAAAGGCCGAGGUGGCGCGCAUCAAGCAUGCGGAGAGGGAGGCGAUGAAGAGCGAGGCGCGCCGGGACGCCCUCGUCCAGCUGUAUGUGGCCUCUAAGCACUUCAUCGUUGACGAGAAGGAGCUGGAGGAGCACGUCAACAAGCACUUCACCGAGAAGAUUCACAACGCCGGUCUCUGGGAAAGCGGCCGCAGCAUCUGGGACUCGCAGAAGAACCCUAUCAGCAUGAAAGAGUUGCGCAGCGAGGUCAGCGGUUUCAACGACAGAGUCACCGCUACCACCUCAGCCGCCGUGAAGACGACAGUCAGGCAGAAGAACGUGGCCGAGGAGUUGACUGGCGGCAAGUUGUAG